AUUUAGAUAUCUAUCAAUAUCGCCUUCUUGCAAUUACUAUGUCUACAACACUCUAUAUAGUUAUUAAUUCCUCUUCUGAGUUUUCUUUAGAGGACACUCAAUACUCUAAAAAAACUGAAAAGCUCAUUAAUAACUCUAAAGAAAGAUCAAAAAAGUGA